UUACGUAAGACAGCUACGUAAGGUAUCUAAAUACCUGUUGCGCUCUUCAGCUGAUUUCAUUCUGCUUUCAGUUGCUUUCGGGAAAACACUUCAUUAGUUUCGUUUCAUUUUUCUAAAUUUUACAUAAAUUUGGUUUCAAAAUGCUCCGUCGUUUGGUGGCCAACAAUACACUAUCUUCCCGAUAUUCGACCCCGAUUAAGCUUUUAGCGAGCUACUCCACGUCGGGAAAACGCCGGAACGGAAAAAUCUACGAGUGCGCCAUCGACGCUGUAGAAGAUGUCCCGGACGGAGCCAAAAUUCUCUUUGGUGGUUUUGGAAUCUGCGGUAUUCCGGAGAAGAUGAUUGCUGCCCUGAAGGAGAAGGGAGUCAAAAAUAUCACUGGAGUCUCCAAUAACGGAGGAGUGGACGACGCUGGUCUGGGUGUUCUUAUCAAAGGAAAGCAGGUUUCUAAGAUCAUUGGAUCCUACGUCGGCGAGAACAAAGAGCUUGUGCGUCAGUACCUAGCUGGUGAACUGGCGGUGGAACUCACUCCCCAAGGAACGUUGGCGGAAAAGAUUCGCGCUGGAGGCGCCGGCAUUCCGGCCUUCUAUACCCCCACAGGCUUUGCCACAUUGGUCCAGGAGGGCGGGGCACCCGUUAAAUACUCAAGCGAUGGCAAGGUGGAGAUUCCCAGCGAGAAGAAGCCAGUCAAGGAGUUUAACGGCAGAUGCUACGUGAUGGAAGAAUCCAUUUUUGCGGACUUUGCCUUCGUAAAGGCGCAGAAAGCCGAUCCCUUGGGCAACCUGGUCUUCAACAAGACGGCCAGGAACUUCAACGCCCCUAUGUGCCGAGCGGCAAAGAUAACUGUCGCCGAGGUUGAGGAGCUGGUGCCCAUCGGUGCCCUCUCUCCGGACGAGAUUCAUGUUCCCGGCAUCUAUGUGAAACGCAUCUUCAAGGGCACCGAUUAUAACAAGCGCGUUGAACGUUUGGUGCUCACGGAACCCAAAGAUCCCAACAAGCCCGCCACGCCUCCCAGUCCCGCUCAGGCUCUGCGAGAGAGAAUCGCCCGGAGAGUGGCUUUGGAGUUCCAAGAUGGCAUGUAUGCCAACCUGGGUAUCGGCAUUCCAGUACUCUCCUCCAAUUACAUCCCUAAGGGAAUGAACGUGAUGCUGCAAUCGGAGAAUGGAGUCCUUGGCUUGGGACCUUUCCCCACCAAGGAACAAGUCGACCCGGACUUGAUCAAUGCCGGCAAGGAAAGCGUGACAGUAGUGCCAGGUGCAUCCUACUUCGGCUCCGAUGACAGCUUUGCCAUGAUUCGCGGUGGCCAUGUCGACUUGACGAUUCUUGGUGCCAUGGAGGUUUCUGCCACUGGUGAUCUGGCCAACUGGAUGAUUCCUGGCAAACUGGUCAAAGGCAUGGGUGGCGCCAUGGAUCUCGUAGCUGCCCCAGGCACCAAGGUAGUCAUAACCAUGGAACAUAAUGCUCGCGAUGGUUCGCCGAAGAUCCUGGAAUCUUGUACCCUGCCGCUAACAGGAAAGGGUGUAAUCGAUCUGAUCAUUUCCGAAAAGGCUGUAUUCAAGGUGGAGAAGGGCGUGGGUCUCACUCUCAUCGAACUGGGCGAAGGCUUCACCGUGGACGAUGUCAAAGCCAGCACCGGUGCCAAGUUCACCGUAUCGCCCGAUGUCAAGCCAAUGGGCCAGAUUCCCGUUUAGGAGAAGCUGUAACUCCCUCUACUUCAGUGAUAAACCAGUGCAUUUAUUUUUGUUGACCGCGUGACAAAAAAUCGUUUCUGUUUAAAAAAAAUUAAAUUAGUUAA